AUGGCUACCCCUAGUGUCCUAGCUUUUGACGCUGAGGGUCGCGCCAUUGAUUUUGAGGUCUGGUUAGACGACCUGCAGCUGUUCUUACAGUGCGACAGGGCUGACGACCUUUCUCUCUUUGACCUCACCUCUGGCGCCUCUCCUGCCCCUGCUGCUGAUGCUGAUCCCGCUGUCCGCUCUAAGUGGGCCACCCGCGAUGCUGCUGCACGUCUUGCUGUGCGUCGCCACCUCCCUACCUCUGAGCGUGCGCACUUUAGUCAGUACAAGAGUGCUCAGACCUUGUACGACGCUGUAGUUGCGCGCUACUCCUCCCCUGCCACUGCUGCACUGAGCCGUCUCAUGCUUCCCUACCUCUUUCCUGACCUCUCUGCCUUUCCCACUGUCGCUGACCUCAUUACGCACCUCCGCACUAGUGACACUCGCUAUCGCGCCGCCCUUCCUGCUGAGUUCUGCGCUAAGAACCCCCCCCCCAUGUACAUCGCUCUCUACUACGUAGUCGCACGCCUCCCUGACUCCCUUCGCGUCGUCAGGGACCACUUUCUCGCAGUCUGUCCCACCACUCUCACCGUCGACCUCCUCGAGAAGGCCCUCCUUGCAGCGGAGAAGAGCAUAGUCGCUGUAGGUGCUUCUCGUGGUGACCCUCGCACCCCCAUCUUUGAGGGGUGCUCUCCUUCCCCCUUGCUGCCCUCUGUUGCCUCUGCUGCUGCUGCCGACCUGCUUGGUCUUGAGUCGGUCGGCGCGGCGUCUGCCCCUAGUGGGAGACGUCGCUCCAGCAAGGGCAAAGGGGGCAAGGGCGCGGGUGGAGCUGGAGGGGGCGGUGGCGGUGGCGGCGGUGGCGGCGGAGGGAGUGGGGGUGGCGGCGGGGCUAGUGGCGGGGGUGGUGGUGGUGGUGGCGGCAGCAGCGGCGGAGACGGUGGUGGUGGUGCCAGCGGUGGUGGUGGAGGCAGCGGCGGAGGUGGAGGCGGCGGAGGUGGAGGCAGUGGAGGCGGCAGCGGAGGAGGCAGUAGUGGUGGAGGAGGUGGAGCUGGUCGGGGUGGUACCCAGCAGCGUAGCGGCGGUGGUGGUGGCCAGCGCUCGCACCGGCAGCAGCAGCAGCGCUCGCGGGACAUCCCUUCGCCUCAGCAGCUUCGUGAGUGGUACGCUGAGCGUCAGAGGGGUGGGGGUACUGGUCCCUGCACCUACGUUCUUCGUUCCGGCGACCGCGCGGGUGAGCAGUGUGGGGGUGCCCACGCCACCCAGCGCUGCUUUGGCCGCCUGACGGACGCUUGGCGUCAGCAGUUCCCUGGGGCUAGUGAGAUCCCUCGCUGGGAUGAGCUUCUCAGGGCUGGUGUAGCAAUCUUUGAUCUUGAUUUUGAUCCUAUCCUUACUGCUAUGUAUGUUGUGGAUUAUAGUGAGGAGAAUGAGGGUUACCGGUGUUUUCAGCCCGACCCGGGCAUUGGUACUGCUGCGCUAGGUGCUUGUGAGGCUGCUGCUCUAGGUGCCAGUGCGUCUGCGCUCUCAGGUACUGGUGAGACUGCGCUCUCAGGUACUGAGUCGUCCUCGUCCUCCCUCACUUUCACACUUGACUCCGGAGCUUCUCGCUCCUUCUUUCGAGACCGCACUACCCUUUCGCCGCUCGCCAGGCCGGUUGCGGUCUCCCUUGCUGACCCCUCUGGGGGUCCUGUCCUGUCUCACUUCUCCACUGUCCUCCUCGUGUCCGGCUGCCCCUUCGGGCACCCUGUCGGGUCUGUACCUUCCCUCGUUCUCUACGAACUUGGUGAGUGGAGCGGACCUGCAGGAUGGGGGUGUUCACCAGUUCACUCCUGCGCGUCAGAGGGUGACCCACUGCACGGAGGCUCGCACAGGCCGACACCUGGCCACGUGGCUGCGUCGGGUCAGGUACUUGCUGCUGCGUCCCGGUCAGGACCUUCCUGUGUCCCCUGUGUCGAGGGUCGCCUCCGGGCUACUCCUCACUCCUCCCACUUCCCCCCGACAGAGGCUCCCCUGCAGACGCUUCACAUGGAUGUGUGGGGCCCAGCCCCCGUCCGUGGGCAGGGUUACGAGCGCUACUUCCUGUUGGUGGUUGACGACUACUCGCGUUACACCACAGUCCUCCCCUUGCGCAGCAAGGGUGCGGUCACUGAGGUGCUGAUCGACUGGAUCCGCGAGGCUCGUCUCCAGCUCUGGAAGAGCUUCGGCUCGGACUUUCCUGUUCUGCGUCUGCACUCUGACAGAGGCGGAGAGUUCUCUUCUCGCCUUCUGCGAGACUACUGUCGUGCACGGGGGAUCCGCCAGACCUUCACACUUCCGGACUCACCACAGCAAAAUGGGAUUGCUGAGCGCCGCAUUGGCAUGGUCAUGGAUGUCGCUCGUACGUCCAUGAUGCAUGCGGCUGCCCCCCAUUUUCUGUGGCCGUUUGCGGUGAGGUACGCGGCGCAUCAGCUCAACCUUCACCCCCGGGUCUCUCGGCCAGCGAUGUCCCCAGCCUUGCUGUGGACGGGGAAGGUUGGCGAUGCGUCUGUGUUCCGUGUCUGGGGAUCUCGGGCGUUUGUCCGCGACUUGUCUGCGGACAAGCUGUCCCCUCGUGCUGCUCCCUGUGUCUUCCUUGGCUUCCCCAUUGACGCCCCAGGGUGGCAGUUUUACCACCCCUCCUCUCGUCGUGUUCUGUCCUCCCAGGACGUCACGUUCGACGAGUCAGUCCCCUUCUACCGUCUCUUCCCCUACCGCACUCCUUCCCUCCCCCCUCCCCCGGACUUCCUUGUGCCGGUUCCCCCCCCGGUAGACCCCCUCCCCCCUCAGGUUCCUGCCCCCUCAGGUGUGUCCCAGGUAGACGCCGUUGACCCGGUCGAGGUUACUGGUGACUCUGGUGCUGCUGCGGGUGCUGAGCCUGGGGGUGCUGACUCUGGGGGUGCUGUGCGCGGGGGUGCUGAGCCUGGGGGUGCUACUGCUGGGGGUGCUGGGCCUGAGGGUGCUACUGCGGAGGGUGCGGAGCCUGGGGGUGCUGAGCCGGGGGGUGCUGUGCCUGGAGGUGCUGGGUCUGGGGGUGCAGGGUCGGGAGAUGCUGAGCCUGGGGGUGCUGAGCUGGGAGCUGAUGAGCCUGGGGGUGCUGCGUCUGGAGCUGCUGAGCCUGGGGUUUCUCCUGCUGCUGCGUCUCGCCGGGAGCCCCUCUCUCCACAGGAGCUGCGCGAGUGGUUCGCUCGCCGCUGGAGGCGUGCUGCUGAGUCUGGUGGUGCUGCUGGAGCUGGAGCUGGAGCUUCUUCGACCGUCGAGGGUGCGGGUGCAGCCGGUCCCGGAGCUGCUGGCCCUGCAGGUCCUCCUGGAGAUAGAGCUGCUGAGGGCGUUCGUGCUGAGCCUGCUGCUGUUGGUCCUGCCGCUGGAGGUGUGGGUGGCGCUGGUGCUGUCGCUGAGGGUGCUGGUGCUUUCCCUGCUGAGUCUGGAGCUGCCGCGCGGCCUCGGCCGUACUUCGUUCCGCUCCUUCAGCAGGUUCUUGGUCUUUCUCCUCCAGUAGAGGGUCCACCGCCGGUCCAGUCGCAGCCCCUACUGGAGCCUUCCUCUCCACUGCCUGCUCCCUCUCCUUACACUGGUCCUACUGGAGGUCUUGCUGAGCGUCGUGAGCCUGCGUCUCGUCCCGCGUCGCCUGUUCGUGCUGCUCGCGCUGGUGGUCGCAGUUCGCGUCAGCGUCCUCCUCCUGUCCCUGGCACGCACCGGAUGUCUUUACGUCCGUCCACUGCUCCUCUGCGUGCCCCUUUGCCUUCUCCUCCUGAGUCCUCUCUUCCUGCGCUUGCGGACCCUGAGUCGGACACUCUUCGUGCUGCCAGUCCCACUGUCACGCGUCUGCUUGCUACUGUCGUCACUGACCCCUCUUUUGAGUCCACUGCUGCGUCUGCUCUAGUCGCUGAGCUCGUCGACUUUGCUGCUCGCUGUCGUCUCGACUACGCUGCUAGUCUUGUUGCUGAGUCUGCGUCUGUCUGUCCUCCGUCCGUCGGGGGUGAGUGUGCUCUUGGCACGGACGUCCUAGAGGACAGGCAGGAGGAGUUACAGUGUCUAGCGGCUGCUUCACCUCAUCUCGCGUCUGUACUGCUUGCCCCUGAGGGAGACCCGGAUGCACUAGACAUCCCGACUCCGCGUUCUUACGCGGAGGCCGUAGAGGGUCCCUACUCCUCUCAGUGGCAGGCAGCUAUGGAUGCAGAGAUGGCUUCCUGGAAGUCCACAGGCACCUACGUUGACGCGGUUCCCCCUCCUGGGGCGAACAUCGUCAGUGGCAUGUGGAUCUUCAGGGUGAAGCGGCCGCCGGGCUCUCCACCUGUCUUCAAGGCACGGUACGUUGCUCGUGGCUUCAGUCAGCGGCAGGGAGUUGACUACUUUCAGACCUUCUCUCCCACCCCGAAGAUGACUACUCUUCGGGUGCUGCUGCACAUAGCCGCUCAGCGCGACUACGAGCUUCACUCUCUCGACUUCAGCACUGCGUUCUUGCAGGGUAGCCUGCACGAGGAGAUCUGGCUUCGCCGUCCACCUGGCUUCACUGGGACUUUCCCUCCUGGCACCCAGUGGAGCCUCCGACGGCCAGUCUACGGUCUCCGCCAGGCACCGCCGUGA